GCAGUUGGUACAGUCCCGGAGAGUAUGGCUGCCGCAUUUCGACCCUCAAGAGAAGUUCCGCUGCGAGUGUUGCGAAUUUCGCUGUAUCCCGGGGUGGGAGGCUCCGGUUCCAGUUGCUGCCGCUACCCUGUUGGAGCUAGAAGAUACCUACUUACAGAUAAUAUUAUGAAAUUAAAAGAAUUUCAGCAUAAGAAGGUGGCUGUUGUAUAUAAUCUUCCUGGCACCAAAGAAACCUAUUUUAGAAACUUGGAAGAGAAAUUGACCCAGAACAAGCUCAUCUUGAAGGAGGAGUUGAGAACCUUGCUUCAUUUAUGUGAGUCCCGGGAUGAUAUGGAGCUGGCUAAAAGUGUCAUUUACAGGUACCAUGCAGAGAACAGAAAUGUCACUUUGGGGGAAUAUAAGUUUGGACCACUUUUCAUGAGGCUAUGUUAUGAGUUGGAUCUUGAGGAGUCUGCACUGGCGCUCAUCAAAGACCAGCGUUUACUAGGUUUCUUCUCAGACUCCACAUCAUUCAAUAUUUUGAUGGAUAUGUUAUUUAUCAAGGGUAAAUAUGAAAGUGCUUCAGAAGUAUUCAUAGAGAUGAAAAACCAAGGUGUGAAGUUCACCAAAGAUACCUAUGUCCUUGCUUUUGCAAUUUGCUACAAACUGAAUAGCCCUGAAUCUUUCAAAAUCUGUAAUACUUUAAGAGAAGAAGCCCUAAUUAAAGGAGAAGUUCUCUCCAGAAGAGCAUCCUGUUUCGCUGUGGCAUUAGCUCUGAAUCAGAACCAGGUGGCAAAAGCUAUGUCCAUUUUUUCUCAAAUCAUGAAUCCAGACAGCAUAGCCUGCACUAAUUUAAAUAUUGUAAUCCAUAUCCAGUCAAAUAUGUUGGAAACUCCGAUGGAGAUACUAACGAAUGCUGCAGAAGGAAACGUAUCAAGAUUUGUGAAAAGAAAUAUGUUCUCAGAGGAAGUGCUGGCCAAAGUGAGGGAAAAAGUGAAGGAUGUGCCUGCCCUUGUGACCAAAUUUGAUGAGAUCUAUGGGAAACUGCACAUCAGUGGCCAGGUCUCCACUUACUCUUUGGAUGCCCUGCUCUGCUACACCCCCAGGGACAAGAAAUUCCACAUGUUGCCGUUGAACAGGAAGACAAUCAGCCAGCGGACCUUGCAGCCACUCAGCAAGUCCCUGUUGGCCGAGUAACCCUAGUUGUAAUCCACCUGUGUAUCUGAGGGGCCCACGUCUAGUGAGUUACUGGCUUCCCUAGGAAACCAGGCAUCAUACUUCAGUGGACACAAUGCUAACAAAUUCCCGAGUUCACUGAGUGGUGGCAUGCUGAUCUGAGAAGUUAUGUUGUGCCACUGUGAGGGUCUAGAUGAAGCAUAGAAACCUCAGCUCCUUUAGAAAGAAGGCAUCUUCUGUGUACAGUGCUGAGGACCCUUGAGGGAACAUGGUCACUGUCUCCAGUCCAGCUUCUGGUACCCGAGUGGAACCCAUAAGCACCAUCAGGAAUGAAUUUUACUACACACUGGUCAACUCUGAUUUUCAAGGGAGUAGUUACUCACAAAUUAUACCCUUAAUGAAUUCAGGAGGUUCAAAACCAUAUUCUACCGUGUUAGAAAAUAGCCCAGGAUUUUCUCACUGCCUUGCCUUCAGAUUUUUCUUUCCUUUCUUUUUUUUAAGACAGGAUCUCACUAU